AUGGCAAACACAGCUGGGGGCGCCGCAUUUUUGAGUUUAGGGACCCUUGCCGGCUACAAGACCCCGCAGUCAACGCUCCUCUGUGGAUCACAAAUGUUGCAGGGCGUCUUUGGAACGCGUCUUUUCGUCGAUGAGCAUUUGUUGGCCGACCCGACGGUCAAGUCCAGGAGCCAAAUCAUGCAGGACCGUCGGCCACGUGGUAGACCACCGCAGGCAUUGACCUGGCAAGAUAGGGAAGCAAUCCGCAGCUUGCGGGUGAAAAUGGAGACGCUUGAAUAUGCUCUACAGAGAGCCGGUCAGAUGAUUCAAGCGGCGUCGGACAUUAGAUCUGCAGUCUGCCAAAGCCCCGUUACCACAAUGGCUAGGCGGUCAGUGGUCUGUCUCACGACGACGGACCGGGACUUGGAAAUUAAGGAUGACAGAUCAGGAACAGAAUGUCUUGCUGAACGACCGGUAGUCCCGAUUGACAUGUCAUUGCACAUGACGACAACUUACAUUCAGCAUGCUCUCAUUGAACGCUUCGUUGAUUCAUACGGCACGCCGUCGGGACCAGAGGCUACGUCGGAAUACUGGAUCCAUGACGGUCGGCCUUGGUGUCUAUGGCGCUUGGGCGCAGAGAUAUGCUCCUUCUCCCCACUCCUCCACACUGCAUAUCUCUCCGUAUCGACAGCAUACUCUGGACUGUCGCUGAAUGAUGACCAGCUCAUUUGCGCCGGAGCUCGUUCCUACCCGUCCGUACUUGCACGGUUGCAGGAAGCAUUGAACCAUGUGGAAAAAAGCAAGUCUGACGCCGUCUUACUUACGGUAGGACUUUGCAUGAUAUAUGAGGGCCGGCUAUCCCGCGACGCAAAAUCUGGAUACUCAGUCCACAUCAACGGACUGCUAAGACUGCUCGAACAUAGGGGGGUAGCCCGACAUAAAACUGGGCUUUCGCACUUUCUGUUUAUUGACACCCGGCUGUAUUGUACGUGGGGUGCAAUCCUGGCCAGACGGCCCUCCUUUCUCGCCUCUCAGCCCUGGAAAACUAUACCUUGGUCUUCUGGAAGCACCGAGAAAGACUUUACCCAACAUUUAUUCGACGAAAUGCUAGAAAUUCCGAGGCUCUGCCAGUGGAAGCAGGAUUGGAUAGACCGCAUACCCCAGCGACGACCUUGGGAGGUGAUGUUCACACAUCUAAGUCAUGGCUUUCCCAUCUUCAAAUAUACGGACCCAAAUAACCCCACCAACCUCAUAGAACCGCCUUCAUUGUUCUAUCCGAACUGCGCUGUCUUCUCCGCAGUCUGCAAUCACUACGCUGCCAUCUUGGUUGUCCUCGAAGUCAUACGCCUUCUUGAUGGGCAACCAAGGGAUCAAAACCAACUUGCCGUGGCCCAUGAGAUAUGUCGAUCUUGCAAUUACUUUAUGCUACACCUGCCGUACAGUAUGAUGGGGCGGGUGGUGAUCGCCGUGACGGCCGCCUACGAUAUAUUGCCGCCAGGUGGCAUUGAACGCAGGUACCUGGAAGAACUCUACCCUUGUUGCGUCGGCGGAACCUGGCGUGUGUUUGAAAACUUCGUUGGGGAGUUUUCGGUAUUCAGAGACGCAGGUCAUGCAAGACGAUGUAUGCAGGCCAUGCAAGGCGCCUCCGCUGUCAAUGGCGUGGUGCGCAACAUGCGGCGCCUGCUCCCGGGCCGAGCCGACAGGAACGUCCUGGAAGACGUGACGCGCUUCUUCGGCGAGGUCGAUACGUUCAAGACGAACGUCGAGGAACCGCUAGGGAGCAGGAGCUGGCCGGCGCCAGAGAGAAAGAAGAUGAUAUCCGUUGUGGAUAUGCUGAGCCAGAUGAUGGUGGCCAUGGCCGGCUUCUGGUUCGUCGAUCACCAGUGCGUCUGGUUCGAGCUCGGCAACACCUCGGCCAAUCUCGAGCGCGUACGCAUCUGCAUCGCCAUAUUCUCUAUCACCGUGCGAUUGGCCCAAUCCGCCGUGAGGCGCCGGCGCACCAUCCGGGGCCGCGAUCGGGCCGCCGCCAAGACGGGACCUCUGACCCACAGAUGA